CAACAGCACAUAUCUUGGAGCGCGUUCUGCGGCAACUAUCGAUGGACCUACAGAAGAAGUUGACCGUCACUGAGGGGUAGCUGUUAACACAUCCUUGCAUCUGACACAAACAAGGAGUCAUGCCGUUCGCUUUACUAGUACCUGCUGCUGGCUGGCGGGACUCGGACUUCAAGGCGGAGGAGCAAAGCGUACUUGAGAUAGAGGUUAAGGGGAGACUCUACCAGGGGCGCGAUGUGGCUCGCGUCGUCGACUGGCGGCGGCUGAAGGACCUGCCGUCGUUCGCGCGGGCCACAGACGGCAAAACCAACGUCCGCUUGUUCGAAGACGGUGUUCAUUACCAGGACAUCAACCAGGGCAGCCUGGGCAACUGCUGGCUGCUCUCGUCCCUUGCGUGCCUGGCCACGCGCUCUGGCGCCAUUGAACGGUUGUUUUUGACGCCGGAGUACAACGAGGACGGCAGGUAUCAGCUGCGGCUGUGGGACAAGGGCAGCCGGCAGUUCAAGGAAGUGGUAAUCGAUGACUACAUCCCCGUGUGGCGGCAAAACGGCGGCGGAGGAACCGCGGGCCAGCCCUGCUUCGCACGCCCCAGCGGCAACGAGGCCUGGGUGCUGCUGCUGGAGAAGGCCAUGGCCAAGCACGUGGGCAACUACCACUACCUCAACGGCGGCAUGGCCAGCUGGGCGCUGGAGACGCUGACCGGACACUACACCUGCGUGUUCCUGCUGGAGCGGAGGUACGGCCCGAACCGGGACGCGGGUCCGGACCAGGCCAACUGGAAGUGGAUUCGUGGCGAGCUGGCACAGGCCAGCAAGCACGCGGACCGCAUUGCCCCUGUGGGAGAGUCCAGGCCCAGCCCGCUCAACCGCGCGGCGCUAUAUAUGCUGGACGAGAAGGACCCGGCAAAGUUCUACGCACACGAGGAGCUUUUCAUGGCCAUUUCCUACCACCUCGCCAUCGGCAACCUGGUGGCGGCGGCCACAGUGGGAACAGAUGACGACGAGGAGGUGAACGGUGUGGUACGGGCGCACGCCUACACAGUGCUCAAGGCGCAGCCAGUGGAGAGCAACGGCCGCGGCCAGGUGCUACUGGUGCAGCUGCGCAACCCGCACGGCGAGGGUGGCAUCGAGUGGAGCGGCGACUGGAGCGACAAGAGCACGCUGUGGGCCAAGCACCGGGAGGUGGCGGAGGCGGUGGGCUACAGCCCGCCUGUGUCCGUGACGUCGGCGGCCGCCCGCUCCGACGGCCUGUUCUGGAUGGAAUGGAAGGACUUCAUGCAGCACUUCAAGGAGGUCACCUUCUGCUGCGCCAACGGCUUUGACUACGUGGAGGACGAGGCGGCGGGCUGGGUGGAGGUGUUCAACGACCCCGGCUUCCCACACGACUACCGCUCCCUGGGCGACUACAAGUUCAUUUACAACAACAACCCCAUGACCGGCCAGCAGCUGGAUGAGAUCAUCAAGUGGAUGCGCCUGAAGGACAUCGCAGCCCCGGAGCAGUUCCGCAAGGGCACCCGCGGCCUGAAGCUGUUCACGGGCGGCGGCACCCACCCGGACGACAUCGACGGCAGCAGCAGUGGACUGAUGGUGGCGGUGGCGUGCCUAGCCAACAAGCCGGGAGCCAUAGAGGAGAUGUUCUUGGCGGGCAAGGUGUACCGGCCCGACGGCUCCUACCAGGUCCGGCUCUACGACCCCAAGAGCGGCGGAGCCACCAUCUCGCCCAUCGAUGACUGGAUUCCCUGCUUCAACGGCAACUCCAUUACCAAGACCAAGAUCCUGGGCAAUGAGGUGUGGGUGCUGCUGCUGGAGAAGGCGGUGGCGCGCAUGGUGUCGUCCUACAGCAAGGUGGCGAUGUGGGGCGUCCAGGUGUGCUGGGCGCUGGCGGCUCUGACCGGCCAGUACAGCACCAUGCUCUUGUGGGCCGAGGACAAGCAGAAAUGGCGGCGGCUGGAGCUGCAGUACAUUGAAAAGGAGCCGGGCAAGUACCGGGCCGAGUACGCGGCGGACGACGUGUCGCUGUACGUCAGCGAUGACGUGUUCAAGGCCAUCACCACGCAGCUGGCGCUGGGCUGCCUGAUGGCGGCGGAGACGGACAAGGGCGAGGCAGUGGACACGGAGGCCACGGGGCUGGCCAGGGCGAGGAGCUACAGCGUGAUGGACGCCAGGUUCGUGGCGAUCAACGGCACGGGCGGCGUGGUCUCCGUCUCCUACGCCGCCACCGUGCCGCCGGCCGGCGGGAGGAACCUGCGACUCAUCAAGCUACGUGACCCGGCCCGGACCAACGAGUGGAAGGGCGACUGGAGCGACGCCAGCCCGCAAUGGGACACGUACGCAGGGGUGGCGGAGGCGCUGGAGUUCCGGCGGGAGGGCGCGGCGGGCGGCGGCGGGGCGGGCACCUCGGGGCGGCGUGACGGGUCGUUCUGGAUGACCUUUGAGGACUUCCUGCGCCACUUCCGCAACGUCACCAUGUGCGGCAACAGCCUCAAGGGCAACCAGAAGCCCUGGGUGGCCAAGCCCGAGGACAUCGACCGGGCCGGGCGGCGGCUGUGGGAGCUGCGCAAGCAGCAGGAGCUGCGGGCAGAGCAGGAAGCGCUGGAGGACUCUCUUCACGCGGAGCUGCGGAAAAAGGCCGUGGAGCGUGCCAACGCACCGUCCGUCGGGCACGUGUUCGCACAGGCAGCAAUUAUGGCCUCAGCAAACGCGCCCAAGCGAGAGCUGCCGCCGCCGCCGCCGCCGCCUCCGGCGGUUGCGGCGGGUGCCGCAGCCGCGGCGGCAGCCGCGGGGGCGCCUGCGGCAAAGCCCGCUGCGCCGGCAGCGGCGGCUCAGCCGCAGAAUGGGGACGGUGGGGAUGGGGCGGGGGCGGCGGCUGCUGCAGGCGCGGCGGCGGCCGGGGGAGCGGCGGCGGCUGGGGCGGCGGCAAGCAAGCCGCCGGUGGUUGUGGUGGAGUACAAGGGGUGCAAGGCAUGUGCCAUCAUGUAGAGAGGGGCUGGGUGGGAAUGGCGCGUCAGGUUGGCCGCGAUGAAGCAGUUGGCCGCUGGAUUGACAGUACAUGAUUGUGACUCGACUCUUCCUUUAUUUUGACAGUGAUUCUAUGUCUUUGAGAGCGCUUUGAUGUGACGGCACACGUGAUGUGACGGGUUGACGGCUGAUUCAACUGGCGAUUUGAGCUGCAUUGUGAUAUGCAAGGGGUGCAAAUCAAAAGCGUGACUGACUGAAGAUGACAAUUGUACUGUAUCACCUGUAUCCAUACGCCAUGCACGGCACACCUUUGGGCCACUCAUGUGUGCGGCAUGAGCAUCGAUUCAAUAAUGCACUGACUGGGGAUGCGAUUUCGCGAGGAAGCGUGAGCUGCGACAGGCACACGUAGUCUCUUCUGCGUUGUGGUUGCGGUGCACAGCCAACCAGUCAGGCGCACGCGGGCGACAUAGCGUGAUGGCGCUGUCUUUGGAGGGCGCAAAAUACGACGUGGCGUUAUAGCUGUAAAUAUUGCAGAUUGCAGAAGGUGCCAGUGUGCUGGAACUGAAGACA